AUGUCCAUAAAUAACGUUGUCCUUAAAGACAAUUAUCUGAAGCUAUUAGGCACUAGCGAGUUGCCUUUUGUGUUGGCUUCUGAUGGAUCUGAAGUUAUCAGGUUCUCUUCUUCAAGCCCAAGACAGAGUUUAUCCAUUGUACUGAAACAAAGCGAUAACUCCGUGCACAUUAAUACUAAAGAUGGAUUCAUCUACUUAACGACAAAGAGGUUCAUAUACAUCACAGCUUCUCAGGGAGAUGUUAGCACAUUUCUGGUGGAUCUUACUCUAAGUCCAAGAUUACAGUUCAGCCAUGAACUCAAGUCUCCAUGGUUUGGACCUAAUUACUGGGAAUUCAUCUUUUUCAGUACUCCGACUCCUUCUAUUGCAAGUGAUGGUUUUCCUAAAAAUGAAUAUUUUAAGGGUCAAGUUAAGUUUAAUGAUGGGGGUCUUUUCCAAUUCGUCGAAGUUUUCAACUCUAUAUUGAACGACGCUGUCAAUAACACUCAAAUAGAUGACCAGCUCCCAUCAUAUUCUGAAAUAUGA